GACGUCAAGCUAUGAUGUAUUACGUGUUAUAGUUUAGUCAAUCCUAUCUGCAGUUGAUUCUUAAACCAAUGCAACGUGACUAAAAAUAAACGUACGCAUGUGUGCCAAGGACAAAAACGCAAAGUUAUUUGACAUUUUUUUGACUUUGACGUAUUUAUAUUGAGCAAGGGCAGGUAGGUGUUCCGGGCGGUCUUUAUUUUAUUUAAAAAAAAUGUUUGUUUGGGGGAUUUAAAAAGUUGUUCUCAAUAAAAUAUGUCAGUAAGUCGUUUGGAUGUUUUAUACAGGAAAAUUCUUUUAAGUAAAUAUUUUACCAAAGGAUGGGGAUCACCUGAGAAUAUGCACAAAUUAUUUGACUUCAGAAAAUUGAUAUCGAACAGGGAAACCUGUUACAGAUUAGUGCCAAAAGAAUAUCCCAUAAAAAUCAUCAACGUAGUAAAUAGAUCAGAUUGUCGAAUAAUAGAGGGUAAAUUUAGAAGUCCAUUUUCUCUACAUUUACCUGGGCUAGUACGCGAAGAAGUUCAAGAUUCUUACUUUCAGAUGAUUUUACCUUUAAAGUGGAAAAGCAAUUACAAACCAAUGUGCAUUCACCUAGCAGGGACUGGUGAUCAUUAUUUUUGGCGGAGACGCAAUAUAAUGGCAAAACCAUUACUCAAAGAUGGAAUUGGUGCUAUAAUAUUAGAAAAUCCCUUUUAUGGAGUUAGAAAACCUAAAGAUCAGCAGAGAUCUAGUGUACAUUAUGUUUCUGAUAUCUUCAUUAUGGGCGGUUGUUUGAUAUUAGAAUGUUUAGUUCUUUUGAAUUGGUGUGAGCAGCUAGGAUUUGGACCUUUGGGAAUUACAGGGAUAUCGAUGGGUGGUCAUAUGGCUUCUCUGGCCGCAUCAAAUUGGCCGAAACCCUUAGUGCUAGUACCUUGCUUAUCAUGGUCCACUGCAUCCUCUGUAUUCACCGAGGGUGUAAUGAGCGAAUCGAUAGACUGGGACAUGCUCCAAAACCAAUAUGAAUCGAACAAACUGUUCUGUUAUACUCUAUCUAGACUAUGUAAAAUUGUAGACAAUCCUUUUGCUUGUGAUCUCAGUAAACCCCCAGAAACUCUUGUAGAAAUACCAAUUCACUUACUUGACGAUUCCCAAGUAUCUUACGUGACACCAUACCAGCUAAUAAACUAUUUAAACCUGAAUCCGAAAUGCCAAAACGUGGCCUACAGGAAACCUGCUAGUCAAACGCUCAAUCCCAAAGACUUUUCCCUUAUAAAUCUUUUGAAAGAAUCCCCAGCUAUAACAACGACUAGCAAAAAAGUGCAAGCCAUGAAAAGACGAGACAGAGAAGCUUUGUGGUUUAUGCGGGGCAUUAUGGAUGAGUGUACUCAUUUGAAGAAUUUUACUGUACCCUACGAUACCUCAUUGAUUAUCUCUAUUUGUGCAAAAUAUGAUGGUUACGUUCCCAGAGUGGGCGUAUCAACUUUGGAAGACAUUUGGCCCGGUGCUACAGUUAAAUACGUCGAAUGUGGCCAUGUAGGUGCUUAUGUUUGGCACAGAAAUAUUUUUAGGAAAUCAAUAAAAGAAGCGUUCGACAGAGCCAUGCAAAAAAUCGACCCUCCCUCUAAAUCCUAUAUAGAAAUUUGAAAAAUCAUCUGAAUUUCCAGUAUUCUAAACGACUGUCUAGUGCCUUUUGCUCAAGAAAACAUAUUUAUGUAUAUAUUUCUUAUUUAUAGAACAACCUGGAGACCUGAUGAGCAACAAAAUUUUUGUGAUAUAUUUGUAAAUAAAAUAAUAACCUAUUA